AUGGCGGCUCAGACUGAGUCGUUAGGCGCACCAGUCCUCAUGAGCCGCAGUGAUGUCCCUGAUUUCCCUCCGGUUGCUCUGUCCGCGGAGGCCGCCCCGUUCACCCCGCUGGGGACGGACAGCUGGCGGCUUGGCUCCUCUGCGGAUGUGGAGAAGCAGUUUUCCCGAUGUGCUGCGAAGCUCCGAGCCCUGCGACCAGAAUCAGGCCAGUUGAAAGAGGAGCUCAACCUGCUGUUUGACCAGCUGCUGUCCGAAAACUACAACAAAACCUUCGACCCCACUAUCAACAUCCCACCAGAGGACGUGUGCAAUCUGCUGAAACAUGUCAGCGGUCUUGUGCCGCUGAGUCAAGAACAUUUAGUCGUCAAACUCUGCCAACUGGUACAUCAUCUGCUCAAUCAGCUGAAGGUAAUAAUGGACGAGCGAACGUUGAAUGUGUUGGUAAACUACACCGUUGAUGCGCUGAAAGAGUGCAGUACAUGGACACACUCCGAUGUCCUCCUGGCCCUCUCCACAAUAGUGUAUGGAAACGGACCUCAGUGCCAACAGCACCUCAGUGACUUGCUGGGUGAAGAUGGAGUCCUUCUACUGUAUAGUUCUCCAUCCCAGUCAAAUAUGGAGUUACGCCGUGUUGCCCUUACCUGCAUGGCCAACAUCUUUUUCAGGUUCCCUGGUCAGCCGCUGUUGGAGGAUCAAUACAGAAGUGUAUCUUUCAGAGUUUUCCUGAAAACCCUGCAGUCAACCAAACCUCCCAACACUGAUGAGCUCUUCUACUGCAUGGUAAUCCAGGCGGCACUGAAGGGACUUCAGACUUGUCUUUCAGGUGGGAAGUGGAAGUUUGUCGGAGAGGAGCUUGGGUCCGUACUGGCUGCAUUAAAGAGGCUGAUGUUUCAGGGAACACCAGGUGUGAGUGUUGAGUGGCCCGCUGUGCUUUACCCUGCUAAUCUUCCUCAAUACGAGGGAACCUCUGCAUCAAAACCCGUUGAACCACCAAAACCCUCUGAACCAAAGGAAGCCGCUGUGCCAGGCAAAGCCUCAGCGAAUAAAAAGAAGAAAUCCAGAGGAAAGGGGAAGAAGUCGAGCAACGAUGAGAGCAGGGGUGAUGAUGGAGAGAAGGGUGAUGGAGAAUCACCUCAGAAAGCAGGGGGGAGAGAGGGAGGAAGAAGGGAAGGAGAGUGCUUGUCUAAACCCUCUGACCCAUCUCUCUACCCGUCCUGGAAGACAACCAGUUCUGACUCAGAGUUUUCCGACCCAGAAGGCAGUGCUCAGGGCAAAUUAAGGCUCUACCACUGUCGUGUGCGUCAGGGCGCCCUGCACUGUCUGCUCACGGUGGUGAAAGGAGUGGAGAAGAGGACUCUGUACGGGUACUGGUCCUCCUUCAUCCCGGACUCUCCUAUUGGGCGGCCGACUCCUCUCAACCUCUUUACAAUCAUACUGAAGGACCCCUCGCCAAAGGUGCGUGCUUGUGCACUUCCGGUGUUGUCAGCCAUGCUGGAUGGCUCCCGUCAGUUCCUGGCUGUGGCUGAAGACACUGCAUCCCCUCGUACAUCUUACACACCUUUCUCCUUCUCGCUGGCAACUUCUGUCAGAGAACUGCACCGCGCUCUCAGUCUGGCUCUGCUGGCCGAGACUUCCCCUCAGACUCUCACGCAGGUCAUAAAGUGUCUGGCGUACCUGGUGGCGAAUGCUCCCUACCAUCGUCUCAGACCGGGUCUGCUCAGCACGCUCUGGAAGCAGAUGCGUCCCUAUGUGCGCCACAGAGAUGUGAAUGUCCGCGUGUCAGUCCUGACCCUUUACGGGGCUCUGGUGACGACUCAGGCUCCUCUCCCGGAGGUGCAGCUCCUUCUCCGACAGCCGGAAAGCAGCAGCAGCAGCAGCGGUGGCUCGUUCACUCCGCAGGACUCGGCUCUCAGCUGGAGACAAAGAGACGGAGUGUCCUCGCCAUCACGCACACCAGUCAAAUCCUCCAUAAGGAGCUCGAGCACUCAUUCCCCACAUGCUCCACGCACCCCGAGUGAAGAGGAGAGCACUGCACCGUGGCUGCUGCAGCUGUGUAUGUCUCUGGUGACUCAGCCCAGAGAGGACCAAUCAGACAGCGACGGAGCAGGAAGUGGUACUGCUUUAGAGCCCUCCCCUGUCCGGCUGGAAGCUCUACAGGUCAUGUCCUACCUGGUGCGUGGCUACUUCUCUCUAGCCCAGGCAUGUCUGUGUGAGAUUGGGCAGGUGAGCGCUCGCUGCCUCUGGGAGAUGGACCCCUCCAUACAGCUGCAUGGAACAAAGUUACUAGAGGAGUUGGGGACGGGAAUAAUCCUGCAGUACAGAGCAGAGAACAACGUGCCUGAGAGCUCGAGGGUCCCCAUGAGCCAAGUGAUGCUGUUCUGGUCAGAAGUCCUCAGUGGUCCACUGAACGGAGCUUUGCAGAGCGAGCAGCACCCCCCUCUGCAGAAGAGCGCCUGUGACACGCUCUCCUCCAUCCUGCCGCAGGCCUUCGCUCAGCUGCCCGACAAGACGCAGCUGAUGUGUAUCACCGUGCUGCUGGGGCUGACGUACCGUGAGAACUACCUGGUGAAGACCGCAGCUGUCAGGGCUCUGGGAGUUUACAUACUGUUCCCCUGUCUGAGAGAGGAUGUGAUGUUCGUGGCAGACACAGCAAACGCUAUCCUCGCUGCCCUCGAUGAUCAUUCAACAAAUGUCCGUGCGAAGGCUGCCUGGUCCCUGGGAAACCUCACUGACACACUUGUUGUUAAUAUGGAGAGUGUAGGUGUGGACUUCCAGGAAGAGUUAUCGGACAUGCUGCUGCUCAAAAUGUUGCAGGCAGCCAACCGAGCGUCAGCUGACAAAGACAGGGUGAAGUCUAACUCGGUGCGAGCGCUGGGGAAUCUGCUUCAUUUCCUGCGCGAGACUCAGCUGACCCGCUCUGCGUUCCAACAGCCGCUGGAAGAUGCAGUGCGUGCUCUGGUUAAGACUGUCCAAUCAGAGGCCACUAUGAAGGUCAGGUGGAAUGCCUGCUACGCCUUGGGAAAUGCUUUCAGAAACCCAGCCCUGCCGCUCGACUCAGCCUCUUGGUCAUGUGACGCGUUCUCCUCCCUCUGCAAUGUGGUCACUUCCUGUAAGAACUUCAAGGUGCGGAUCAAGUCUGCUGCUGCUCUGGCAAUCCCUGCUAAGCGCGCCUGCUACGGUGACGUAGCGCGGUUCAGCUGUGUGUGGCGUUCCCUGGCCACAGCGCUCGAGAACAGCGAAGACACCAACGACUUCUUAGAGUAUCGCUACAGUGCUAGCCUGCGACACACCCUUUCACAAGCCCUCCUACACCUGCUGAGUGUCAGCGAGCCGCAAGACAUGCCCGGACUCGGGGCAUCGCUGGCCGGGGAGGAAGGGGGUGUGAUUAAAGAGCAUCUGAUCAAAUAUCUCAGAGAGGAGGAGGGAGGAGGAGAGGCGACAGAGGGGGAGAAAGAUGCGGUGGGGGACAGUUUCACCCCUCAGCAGAGAGUUGGAGGUCUGCAGCAGACCCUGAUCAGACUGAAGGAACUGCAGGCUGAAGGAGAGGAGGGGAGAGGUAAAGAGGAGGUUGUUGAUUUCCUGGAGGAUUUGCUGAAAACCUGUGAAGAGCUGCUAAGAGUUUGAUGAGAUUUGGCAAAAAAUCUGAGAUCACAAAGACUGCUCUCUCAGGUUGGAAAGGCCAAACAUGGAAUCACAAACAAAGAUAAAAUAACUGUUAUAAUGUGAUCUUAGGACACCACAAGAUAACGCAAGACUGUUGUUGAAAACCUUUUUCCCUAAUUUCAAGAAAUUUAGCAGUCGCUUUUUAUGUAAUCGAACUUGCACUCAUUAUUUAUUAACAUGUGACAUACAAAGACAUGAAGUAUAUUUUUUAAAUGAAUAGACAAGUAUUAAUGAUUUAUUUAGUUUUUUUACAUUCUGAAGAUUUUCAAUCCUAGACAUUUUUGUCUGAUUAACUACAAUGGAUCAUGGUUGCAAUGAACAUAAUCAGAUUAAGAUUAAGAUU